CUCCUCCUCUGGCAUCGUAAGUUUUACUUCUGUUUUUAGUGCGUCGUAGGGUAGAAGAAUAGUUAUGAGUAGUAGCAGUAGUAGAGAUGAUCGAAUCAGCGAUUUGCCGGAUGAGAUACUUGGCAAAAUCCUGUCAUUAGUUCCGACAAAGGUAGCUGCUUCCACAACGGUUCUGUCCAAGAGAUGGAGGAUGAAUAGUAAUCUGCUGGCUCUUGUAGACACCCUUAGCUUUGAUGAGUCAAUGGUUGUGUAUCCCAACCAAGAAGAAGAAGCAGAAAGUGGUUCUUCUUCAGAUCGCUUCUUAGAUUUCCUAGACAAGACAUUAAGAAAUUUUCCGACCAUGAAAAUGAUCAAGAAGUUCUCUCUGAGUCAUCGAGGAGGCCGUUCCACUAAGUCCAUUGCUGUCUACGGUUGGAUCUGGAAUGCAAUGGAGGAACAAGGAGGUUUAUUGGAAGAAGUACACUUGGAAUGCACCGGAAAUGAAGUUGAUUUAGAGAGAAAGUUGUUCACGAGCAACACACUUGUUAAGCUCACACUCUCCCGUGAAUAUUGUCUUCAAGUCGACCGUGUCUUUCUCCCUGCCCUCAAAUCCCUCUCUCUCUUAACAGUUGGAGGCCUUGAUUACGACAACUAUCGCCGCCUCAUCAAAGGCUGUCCUGUCCUUGAAGAAUUAUUCAUUACUGAUAUCGGUGCUGAUGCUCUUGAUCCUUAUCCUCCAUGUUGCACUGCCUCUGUCAAAUGUCCAUCCAUUAAGCGACUCCUGGUCUCUGUCGAUAUGCCCUAUGGUGGUCCUCAUAAUCGAUACUCUUUUCAAGAGUUACAUGAUCAAAGUUACGUUAAAGCACCAAGUCUUGUCUACCUUGACUAUUCUAGUCAUGUCUUUAUGGAUUAUCGCUUUGUUGAUUUGGAUUCGCUUUCCCAAGUCAGACUCAAUCUCAAGUUAUGGGGGGACCAUCACAAACCAAACAAGCCCCCUGGAGGAAUAUAUGGUGAUGUUACAAACCUAGCUGCGGGUAUUUCCAACAUUACAACCCUUCACUUGUCUCCUGAUUCACUUGAGGCGUUUCAUUUCUGCUGUAAAUCUAUGCCGGUGUUCAAAAACCUCCUUAACUUAUCUAUUGAGAGCAACAAGAAGAAAGGUUGGCAAGUUAUGCCACUUUUGCUUAACAGUUGUCCAAAUCUACACACUUUAGUCUUCAAGGGUCUUGUGCACAGAGUCACAGAUAAAUGCGGAGAUGCAUGCGCUUGCACUCCACACAAGAAGAAGAAGAACAAGAAGAGUAAGGUAAUAUCUUGUUUAUGGACAUGUCAAGUGAAAGUGCUAGAGAUUUUAGAGUAUGGAGGUUCUUUUCAAGAACUGAAACAAAUGAGACAUUUCUUGGGAAUGUUGGAAUGUCUUGAAACCGUCAGAGUUGGUAUUGACGCCGCGGACAACCGCAUGUUCUUGCGAGCUAAUUUGUUAACUCUCCCCAUAGUUUCAUCAUAUUGCAACAACAUCCACUUCAUCUGAUUCUUUUCUUUCUUGGUUUCUCUAUAUCUACUGCCUUGCCUUGUUGUUUCCUUUAUUUUAUUUAUACAAGCUCAAAGAUAUGGAUAUGUUUGAGAAUAAAAGUGUAAUGAUGUUUCAUUUUUAAGACAAUUUGUUGUAUGCUUUAUACAAUUUUCAGGUUUUCCGUUAUCAAGUCCUCCUCUUUAUACA